GCUUCGGGAAGCGAGUGGCCAAUAGAACCAUAUCUUUCUCUCUCCUCCUUGGCGUCUACUCGUUCGCCUGUUGAAACCGAGAACCCCGAGAUCUCCAUUUGCCUCUUCGCGAUUUCCCUCUGGGAAUGGCGGCCCCGGUGGUGGACGCGGAGUACCUCAAGGAGAUCGAGAAGGCCCGCCGAGACUUUCGAGCCCUCAUCGCCAGCAAGAACUGCGCCCCCAUCAUGCUUCGCCUCGCAUGGCAUGAUGCUGGAACUUUUGAUGUAAAUACCAAAACUGGUGGCCCAAAUGGCUCAAUUAGGCAUGAGGAAGAGUUCACUCAUGGUUCAAAUGCUGGCUUAAAAAUAGCAAUAGAUCUCUGUGAGCCUGUGAAGAGGAAGCAUCCCAGGAUUACAUAUGCUGAUCUUUACCAGCUGGCUGGAGUUGUGGCUGUUGAAGUGACUGGAGGACCGACCAUUGACUUUGUUCCAGGAAGACGGGAUUCAUCAGUUUGCCCAAGAGAAGGACGGCUUCCUGAUGCUAAGCAAGGUGCGCCCCAUCUGAGGGACAUCUUUUACAGGAUGGGUUUAUCAGAUAAGGAUAUCGUGGCACUUUCUGGUGGACACACACUGGGAAGGGCUCAUCCUGAAAGGUCAGGAUUUGAAGGUGCCUGGACAGUUGAACCCCUCAAAUUUGACAACUCGUAUUUCAUUGAAUUGCUCAAGGGAGAAACAGAGGGACUUUUGAAGCUUCCAACUGAUAAUGCUCUGUUACAUGACCCUGAGUUUAGACGCUAUGUUGAGCUGUAUGCUAAGGAUGAGGAGCUUUUUUUCAAAGAUUAUGCAGAAUCACACAAGAAAUUAUCAGAACUGGGAUUUACUUCACGACAAACUGGUUCUACCACCAAAACAAUUGCAACUAGUGCUGUUUUAGCACAAAGUGCUUUUGGAGUUGCUGUUGCUGCCGCUGUUGUGAUCCUUAGUUACUGCUAUGAAGCCUCUAGGAGAAAAUAAAUUUGGUCAGGUUCAUCUUCUGCCCCCACAUAUCUAAUGCAUCCAAGUACAAGACAGAUACUGUGAUACUGAAGUAAUAAUUGAUGAUACGCCACAGUUUUAUAUUUCUUCUAUUGGAAUACUGUGAUAAACUUGAGAGUCUUUGAUGUUAUUCUAGGACAAAUAAAUCUUAUAGAUUCUGAACUUAAGCAUAUACUACAGCACUUUGCUCA